AUGCUGUCCACCAGCAACACCUCGCCUCUUUUGCAUCACACCAAUGAAUUCAGCGUUCCUCGGGCCAUUCGUUCAGCUUCCACACCCUCCGGCAGCUUUGCCACGGUCGACCAUGUCCGCGCCACCAGCUUAGACACCGACCUCGUCCCGGCAUCGGCCUCCGCCCAACACAGCCUCCACACCUCACGAUCCACAUCGCAGCUGCUUCCGCGCUCCUCGAUCCUCAUCAACGCACGCAAGCGUCCUUAUUCGGGCGUCAUCUACGCAGACCCUGCCACCGCCGCUGGAGUCGCUUUCGCAGCAGCUCCCGUCGUGACCCAUAUCCCAGCUGUACCCUCGCGCAAAGAACGAGAAAAGGAAAAGGAACGUCUCCGCGAGCGCGAAAAAGAGAAGGAGCGCGAACGUGAAAGGGCAAGGAGCAAAGAUGAGGAAAAGAUCUGGGGUAUUCCCAAGAAGGCACUCCUCCUCGGCCUCGGAGACCUCAACUUCAACGCACAGAUGGCCAUGAUGGCAGGUUGGGGUCACGGAAGCGGUGGAGCUUCCAUUCUCCCAAGCACAGCCAUCCCCACCAACGACCGCAAACGACUCCGCUCGGCCGAGGUACCCAGAUCCUCUACAUCCUCCAGGCGCUCUGCUCGUGACAGCGAUAGUGACGACGACGCCCCGAAAAGCUCUUCGGCACGUGCCUCUCGCCGCAGCAGCGAUGGUGCUCAGGACAAGGCAACAACACAAGCGGACGGCCACGCAGGCUCUUCGCCCAUCGAAGAGCGCAUGGACCCGGAAGAACUCGCCGCGCUCAAUGCUAUCAUCAACACACGUCGCAGCAUGGCUGCAGCACAAGCCCUCGUGAGUGGUUCCAUCAGCAUCACACCACGCCCUCUGCGGCCCUCGACCAGUUUCGGCAACUCGACGCAGGACCUCGCCCGCCCACCACUUGACGACAGGCGCUUCGCAUCGCAAGACUCGGUGCCCAGCGUGAGCUCUGUCGGCCAGUCCUCCGUCAGCGCGGGCAGCAGCGCCUUGCCAACCUCGACGUCGGAGAAAGCGACGCAGCUCGCUUCGCUCCAUGCAGCCACCUCUUCCACUUCCACCACGUCCACCGUCGACGCCGCUGAGUCCAAGUCGCCACGCAUUCGUUUCGCCCCCUUGCCAACACCCACAGCAGCCCUUCCCACCAUGCAGUCGCUCAAUGGCUCUGCACUCGUCGAGGAUUCCGAAGAGUCCGACAUCUCCGACUCUGACUACGAUAGCGACGACGACGCUAAGUCUAUGAAGGGAAAGUGGUACCUCAUGGGCAUGCCCUCGGCCUACUUCAAGCCAGAGUACUACACCAAGAAGAGCAGCAAGCGUCGUAGCGCCAAGAGCAUAGGUUCCGCCGAUGGCGACGACCGUUCCGAGGAUGGUCAUAGUCUUCGUCGAAAGAGCACAGGCAGCCUUUCCGACGGCACCAGCGCAGACGCUACACGCAGACCAGCAUCGGAUCACGAUGAAGAAGAGCGCGGAAGGGCAAGCUCCUCGAGUUCCAAGGUUAAACGCAAAUCCUCCCAAACACGUCGGCGCUCUCGCAGCCGCACAGGUGCCAUCAGCUCGGGCGACGAGGACGAGCGUGCUCGCCGAAAGGAGCUCAUCCGUCUCGCACGCCCUGGCGGCACAGGCAUGGUCACGCUUCCGGACGGCACCAAGAUCCGCGCUCGCCGCGUUAACGAUCUGCCCGCCCAAGACGAGCCCGAGUUCAUCGAGUGGGGAUUUGCCGGUCUGGCCCGCGAGGCGUCACGUCGCAGUCUCGGAGGAAGUGGCCCUCCGUCUCUCGCCACCACCCCCAACGGCUCAGACUACAAGGGUAUUGCUGCGUACAUGGAGGCCAACGAGAACGAGGAGGACGACGAUUCUGGAAUGGCAUGGGUGCGUCGUCGACGACGAGAAAGAGAGGCAAAGGCGCGCAUGGAACGCGAGCAGGCCGAAAAGCUAGCGGCACAAGCACCAGCGCAGGCUGAUGAGGCGGCGAGAGAUUCGACUCCUGCCCUAGUAGCGUCCACCGACACAACAGCGCAGGAUCCGACAGACAGCACCGCCGCAGUCAACGGCGCUGCAGCGACGGCACCCUCAACAAGCGUUACUGCACUCGAUGACGCUUCGGUUGCAGUUCCUUCGGAUGCGACGGUGCAGGCGCCAUCGACCGUUCCCGCCGUCCUCGACGAACCCAUGCCGCUAUCCUUGGAAGUAGCCGAGCAGCCUCCUCUGGUCAGCGCGAUCGUCAACGCGCCGCCGACCGCCGAGAACGACAAACGCCAAUCGCUGCUAACCAGCAUCGAUACGGCGCGCCCCGUCAGCGGCUUGUUUGCAGGCAACGAUGCAUUCGUCGCCUCGCCUGCUGCCGAGGAGCCUAGUGCAGGUGGUCUCGAAGCGUCGAUGCUGUCGGAGCAUUCCAACGGCGACUCGGCCAUGAGCGGAAGCCAAGUUCUGGGAAGAGCCAAUCGAGCGGUCGCAUCCGAGUCGGGUGCUCCCAGUGAAGGGGCGACCCGUCAGAAUACCGGUCUGGGUCUCACUGCCAGCAAGGCCGAGGAGAUCCGUCGAAGGCACGAAGACGAAGUGGCGGCGCUCGGAGCCGAGGUGCUGGCACAGACACGACGCAACAACCAGCGUCGACAGGCAAGCUCGACCAGCCGCGCCACUGCUUCGUCGCAGCUUGGAGGCGACGAGUCUGCCGCCGAGCAGCAUCAGAGCUCGCCCAGCAAGAGCAGCAACCGUGUCGGUCAAGGCGCCGUCGCCUCGCCUCCUGUCGUGUCGGGUUCGGCCGCACCCGCCAAGGCGACGUCACGCGAAGGCGCAAGCGAGAAAAAGUCGAUCUCGCGCGCCGUGGGCUCCAUCAUGCGAAAGGCCACCACCGACAGCGAAAAGACGAUCCGUUACGCUGGGCCGACGAUGCUCAAGCACGAGGUGAUUUUCCCGCAGGACACAGAGGCUGUGGAGCGCAAGCACCUCAACGACGAGCUGCCGGUUGCUGCAGCGGGACCGAAUCAGAAGCACACGAUGAACGCGUCGUUGGCUCGCAUCGAUUCCCCCGAGAGCACGCUCUCGCGCAAGUCGUCGGCGGUGAGCGGCUAUGCAGCGUCUGCGGCGAGCAAAUCGGCGUCGUCGCUGCACAACGCCAGUAGCUCGCACGCUGCGUCGUCGCCCCUAUCGCAGAAACGUAUUUCGCUGGAUCCUUCGGUAAGCACGCCUGCGCCAUCUCCGUGGCUGCCGCGUCGACCCGAUGCUCGCGGUGUUGCAGUGGUUCCUCUGCCUCAGCUGGGCGUUCGUCCCGAGCGUCCACGGGAAGGUCGCGUGUGGCAGUCGGACGACAGCGAUGCAUCGGACGCCGACAAGGACGAGCUAGCAGAGCGUGAGGGAGGCAAAGGAGAAGAUGAGGAGGAGGAAGAAGGCUCUGAUCUGGAUGCGGAAGAGCUGCUGGAGGAAGAGCGCAAGACGGCGAUGCAAAAGAAGCGAGCGACGACGCGGGCAGCCGGUCAAGAAGUGGUGCACGCGCGUCUUGGCAAGAAGGCAUCUGCGCGAGCGCUCUCGGAUCUGACGGCGUCAUACGACGACAUGGCGCUGGUCUCGACUUCGCCGACGUCGUCGUCGAUGCGUCGUAAAUCGGGACGCCCCACUCGCCGAAGCAGUAUGGACCCACGCAUGGCUUCGAACGCUUCCCGAUCGCCUGCUGCGCCUCGCAAAGCGCCGCCCAAGCUGGUGCGCAGCCGUCGAUCGGUGCAGUCGAUCAAGUCGGCAGAGGACGAAGAGGACGACAUGGACGAAAGGGAUCUGUGGCCUGCAGUGUCGGCGACGAGCAAGUCCGGAACCCCUCGUCCGCGUCACAUGUUGGUCAACUUGCCAGGAGGACCGGGCAUCUGGGACAGCAAGACGGGAGGCGGACGGAACGCGGUUGCCGCCAUCAACUCGGUGGCAGCUGCACGCGCCAAGGCGAUCAAGAAACGCGCGCGUGACCGUCGCGGAUCGUUGGAGCUGCCUCCGGAUUGGGACGAUGAGAUGAUGGACUACGGCUGGCCUCGAAGUCUCAAAGGCUCGCUGUACUGA